ACGAGGGGAGAGGUGCAAUACUUCAACAUUGGUCCCUUCUGCUCUCCUGCCCAGAACCGCUCCUAGUUGUCGGAACGAACACUAGUCUUUCUACCACCACCAUGACCGACACAACCAUGGAAGACGCUCACGCAACAAUGACUGCGAUGGACCCCCAACUCAGCUCCCCACUGGUCCAGAUGCCACUUGAGGUCCUCGUCCGGAUCACUUAUUUCAUCUCCACGACCGAUCUCGGAAACGUGCGACUAAGCUGCAAAGCACUCGAGCAGGCGCUCUUCACCUUUUUCUCGCACGAGUUCUUCCGCAAGAAGCAGUUCAUGGUCACCAGCCACAGCCUGCAAGCGCUGGUCAAUAUCUCGAAACAUCCAACCCUCUCUCCUACUCUUAGGCAUGUCAUCAUCGGCGCCGACCGCCCGGUUUCCUCCGCCAGGGCCAAUGUAGACCGCACCAAAUUCGAAGAGGACAGCGCCCGGCUGAGGCUUGCCACGGCGGACCACGAGAGCUUGUUUACCACAGGGGCACUGCGAGACAUGCUUGCAGAAGCAUUCGCCAAUUUGGCGAACCUUGAGACCGUCGACAUCCGUGACUUCGACGCUCCUAGCCGCAAUCGCGAUGGGCUGGGCACGCCGUGGAGAAGCUACGGGUCCGCCAGGCUUCAGGCGUUGAUACCUGCUGGCUGGCCCAUGCACGGUCCGCGGAUGUCCCAGGACCCUUACAUCACUGAGCUCUUCAGCGCCGUUAUUGCCGCCCUCGCUGUUGCUCAAGCGCGACCGAAAAGCGUCGAAGUGCUCAUCAGGAACCCGCGAUACUCAAAUCCAUGGGGCCUCCAAGACAACGCAUUCUACAUCCCCCCGCGCCUGGAAGAAGCCACGGCGGCGCUUUUGUCGAGCCUGCAGUCGCUUCACUUGUCACUGGUCGUGGCGGAUAAUACCGUUAGGCCCUUUAUGUACCAGAAGUUUCUAUCGCUCGCAUCCAACCUCACUUGGCUUCGUUUGAACUUCAGAGGUUUCCAGGAAGAAGUACGGAAAGUUUUCUCCUGGCUGGCGCUGAGAGAGACGGAAAAGCCGCCGAUGUCUUUUGACCUUGACCCUAUCCGGUUUCAACGGCUAGAGCGGUUUGACCUCGGGCAGGUCACAAUCGAAGCCGACGUCUUGCUCAAGUUGGUUGUUAAAUUCUCCCCCAGUCUAAGGUAUUUGUACCUGCGGACGGUAACCCUCUGGGAUCCUGAGGAUCCGAGUCAGCUACUCAGGAAGAUCACCCCUUGGACGGGGUUUCUGUCCGCGCUUUCUAGGCUGCCAGAUCUAAAACUCCGACAGGUCUGUCUUAGUGGGAUAAAGCAUGGGUGCUCGAUGCGCAUCAUCGGCGGUCGAUUCAACGGCCACGUAAGGUUUCAGGAUCCCAACGCGUCUGGGCUCGUGAACGACUGGAUGUGCUCGACAGACCUUACCACGCUGGACAAGGCCGUUGCACAGACGAUUGCGGCUAUGAUUCCGGAGUUUCCACCGGAUGACCGUUCGCAAGACGAGGAGGAGCAGGACGAGGAUGAGGAUGAUGAGGACGAUGAGAAUGAGGAUGAGGAAGGGGAAGACGGUGGAAGCGAGGAGGAAUAGAACGGAGAAGGGGUGGCUUAAUCUCUGGCGUCAGUUUUACAACGUCACCUAACGCCUUGAUCUUUCCUUGGGUCCUGAAUAUUGGAGAUAUGGACACCAUUCCGGGUCCACGACUCGUGCAAACAGUGCCUAACGCUGAACCAAGAGGUUCCAACAGCUGGUUCAAGAGCUGUUGCAGCAUAUAUCGAUGCUUGAGGUUCAAUUGGGCCAAGACAGGACCAUUACGUGUAAAAUUGUAUAAGUGCGAUGGGAUGUCAACUUCAUGCGAGGCAUCAAUCCCUGCUUUGAGGCAGCAUAUGAAGGGAGGUACUCACUCCGAGCUCAAGAG